UAAGACGCACAUAGAUUUUAGUCGCGAUAGCUGAUACUGAUAGAUCAUAAAGCUUUUGAACACCGACAAAGCGGGAUUAGAACCGACACAGGUCCUCUUGAAGCCAUCUGUUUCCAGUUUCCACUACCCCUUUUGCUGGAACACGAAGUUUAAACCCAUGAACCCUACAUUCAAUCCAUACCCAGAUGAAAAUUAUGCAAAAAUUAGGCGAUUGAUGAGGCAGACUGCGGAUCAUCACAACACCCUAUCGGACAAGGAUCCGCACACCGAUUUCAACAGCAACCAAGAAACGAAAUGUGGGUUCAGUUCGAUUCGAGUAAUGGGUACGGUUGUGGUUUUGUUGAUGUUCAUUUCUGUGAUCUUUUCACUCUCUGUUGUUCUUAGAGAUCCGCCAUCCGAUGCUGUAAAUGAUGGCUCAAAUAUGUGGAUUCCUCAGUGGAACUCUGACCUAGUGGAUUCUAAGGAUAGAGAUCUUCAUACGGCUAUACAGCCAGAGGAUAAACUGCUAAGUGGCCUUCUUUCUGCCAAACAUGGUGUAGGUUCUUGUCUCAGUAGGUACAAUUCAGUGUCUUAUCAACACAAGCUGGCGUUCGAACCCUCUUCUUACCUGAUCGCCAAAUUGCGGCGUUAUGAAGAUCUUCAUAAGCAUUGCGGAGUUUAUACCGAAUCUUAUAACAAAACUUUGGAGUGGCUUAGGUCUAAUGGUAGUAGCAGCUCCUCAGACUGUAGAUAUCUGAUAUGGAUUUCCUUCAGUGGAUUAGGGAAUAGAAUAUUAACUCUUGCUUCAGCGUUCCUUUAUUCUCUCCUCACGAAUCGUGUCCUACUAGUUGACCCUGGAACCGACAUGACUGAUCUCUUCUGUGAACCAUUUCCUGACGUUUCCUGGUUUCUUCCCCAAGAUUUUCCGUUUAAAGAGGAGUUCAGUAACUUCAACCAGACCUCUCCUGAUUGCUAUGGGAAAAUAAUGAAGAACAGCAUGAGAACAGAUUCAAGUGGAGUGAUCUUGCCUUCUGUUGUUUAUCUUCAUUUGGUGCAUGAUUAUGAUGAUGAUGAUAAGCUUUUUUUCUGUGAUCAAGACCAAGCACUUCUGCAGCAAUCACCUUGGCUUGUUAUGAAAACAGACAACUAUUUUGUCCCAUCUCUCUUUUUGAUGUCGUCAUUCGAGAAAGAACUCAAUGAUCUUUUCCCGAAUAAAGAUACCGUUUUCCACUUAUUGGGUCGAUAUCUGUUUCACCCCACGAAUUCGGUUUGGGGACUGAUUACGAGAUAUUAUCAAGCUUACUUGGCUAGAGCUAGUGAAAGAAUAGGUAUUCAGAUUAGAGUGUUUGAUACAGGGACUGGACCUUUUCAACACAUCCUGGAUCAGGUUCUGACCUGUACCCUGAAGGAGAAUCUGUUGCCACAAACCGAUAGGCAGACGAAUAUCAUCGGUUCAGUUAGUAAUCCAAAGUCGAAGACCGUGCUGAUAACGUCCCUGAGUGCUGGUUACAUGGAGAAGUUGAGAGACAUUUACUGGGAGAAUCCAACGGUGACGGGAGAGAGAAUUAGUUUCUACCAACCAAGUCAUGAGGAACACCAGCAAACUGAGAAGAGUAUACAUAACCAGAAGGCAUUAGCAGAGAUGUAUUUGUUAAGUACAACUGAUGUAUUAGUCACCAGCUCAUGGUCGACCUUCGGAUAUGUGGCUCAAGGUCUUGGCGGUCUGAAACCAUGGAUAUUAUACAAACCCGAAAACCGUACUGCCCCCGACCCACCUUGUGGUCAAGCCAUGUCCAUGGAACCCUGUUUCCAUGCACCUCCUUUCUAUGACUGCAAGGCUAAGAAAGGAGUUGACACUGGUAAACUUGUUCCUCAUGUAAAGCAUUGUGAGGACAUGCCCUGGGGGAUUAAGCUGGUUGAUCGAUAUGAUUGAUUUUGCUGUUGUUUUGUUGUGAUAACUGUUGGAAUGAACAAAUUUUGCAGUUUGUAAACUACUGAAAAAUAUCAUCCGUUAAGCUGGUAUAUUUUAGAUUCCUUAUAUGUAAGAUCUCACGUCGA